AUGGCAUUCGAUCCAGAUCAACCACGGUUUGAUCAAUCCACUUUUUAUGGACGACUACGACAUUUUGCUGGAAUGACGGACCCGCGAAUUGCAUUCUCCUCGACGUCCGAAUUAAUUGCAGCAUCUGAUCUGAUGCAGAAGUGCAGAGAAAAGAAACCCGUCCCGGCUACUCUCGAAGAGCUGCACCGAGCUCAACGACUCUACCAAUCCGCUUUCCAUCCCGACACCGGUGAACUGCAAAAUUUUGCUGGAAGAAUGUGCUUCAAUGUAUGGGGUGGUACGAUGCUUUGUGGUGCCAUGAUGAUUUGGUACAAAUCAACUCCAGCCGUAAUUUUCUGGCAAUGGGCAAAUCAAUCGUUCAAUGCCCUGGUCAAUUACACCAAUAGAAAUGCGAAGAGCAAGUUGACGACUCAAGAUUUGGUUAUAUCGUAUUCUACUGCCGUUUCUGGAGCUCUUGCAAUGGCAAUUGGGCUCAAAACUUAUUUUGCGAAGAAGCAAAGUAGCCCGUUGGCUCAAAGAUUGGUACCACUUGGAGCAGUGGCAGUGGCUAAUGCUAUUAAUAUUCCAAUGAUGAGACAGAACGAGCUCAAAGACGGAAUGACAGUCACUGACGUCGACGGAAACAACGUCGGAGUGUCCCGAUUGGCUGCCGCCAAAGCUAUUUCCCUUGUGGUUCUCUCAAGAAACAUUAUCGUAGCCCCAUGCAUGAUCCUCACUCCUGUCAUUAUGGAAGGAUUGAACAAAGUGGCUUCGUUCCGAAAACACAUCAACAAGUUGAACAUUCCAACACAGCUCGCAUUAACUUUUGUGAUAUAUGGUGCCAUGAUCCCAAUUGGUUGUGCCUUGUUCCCUCAGCAGAACUCUGUCAAGCUAUCCACAUUGAAACGAUGGGAGCCGGAAGCAUAUGAGAAGUUGAAGGAUAUCAAAGGAGACCGAGUGUACUUCAACAAAGGAUUAUAA